AUGGCGACCGCUCAGAUACAGCGAAGUACUGCGAGCGCAGUGACGCUGCCCAAUCGCAUCGCCACAGAGCAGCAGUCGUUGGUUCUCAUGAAGAGGCUGCUGGCUGUUUCUGUUUCUUGUAUUACUUACCUGAGGGACUUGUUCCCAGAAUAUGCAUACGGAACAAGAUAUCUAGAAGUUAAUCUUUUGCUCCCAGACAUAUGCGUGAAAAUUCUGCGGGAAGAUAAAAACUGCCCCGGCUCGACUCAGCUAGUGAAAUGGAUGUUGGGAUGUUACGAUGCAUUGGAGAAGAAAUACCUCAGAAUGGUGGUAUUGGCAAUCUAUACCAACAUUGAUGAUCCUCAGACUAUUACAGAAUGUUACCAGUUUAAGUUUAAAUAUACUCCCGGUGGGGCCAUUAUGGACUUCUCAAGCGGCAUAGGCAAUUCUGUAUCUGCCUGCUCGGAUGUGAAGAAAGCCAGUGUCCUGCUCAUACGUAAACUUUAUAUCCUCAUGCAAGAUCUGGGACCUCUACCAAAUGAUGUCUGUUUAACCAUGAAGCUGUUGUAUUAUGAUGAAGUUACUCCAGUGGGCUACCAGCCUCCGGGCUUCAAAGAAGGCAGCUGUGAAAACAUGAUGUUCGAGGGGGAACCCAUGUACCUCAAUGUUGGUGUGGUGGCCACCCCUUUUCAUUCCCUGAAAGUCAGGGUAACUACAGAAAAAGAAAGAAUGGAACAUGUGGAAGAAAACGUAUUGAAGGAGUCAGAUAGUAAAACGCCUACACGUGCUUUAAAGCUGGAUAUUGAUGAAGCAAAGUUCCCUGACCGUUCUCUCAGUGAUGAGCCGCUGCGUGAUCAUCAAGCUGAUGUACAGAAGAAGGAAGCUUCAUCUUUGCAUUUGGAAGAUCUCAGUCUCAGUUCUCAAGAGGAUGGAAUGAUGGAAACUCAGCAUGAUAUUAAUCAGCCACCACAGCCUGCCAAUACUAGAUCAAUUACCACCGAGCGCAGAACCAGGAGCGGACGGAUCAUUUCAGAAAAGAAGCCACUUCCAGCAGAGAAAUCCCAGGCCAACAAUUCCAGAGCAGGAAACAAAAGACAAGCCAGCAAGGAGAGUCAACCUUUGGAUAUCUUUAGCAGCCAAAAGAAACCUCCUGGAACAAAGAAAAGGAAGCUCAGUGAACCAAAAGACCCCAUUUAA